AUGAGCAGCAAAGUUUCACGAGACACCCUCUACAAGGCAGUGCAGGAAGUCCUGUAUGGGAACCGGUGUAAGCGCUGCAAGUUUCUGGAUAUGGUGGAGCUGCAGAUCAGCCUAAAGAACUACCACCCUCAGAAGGACAAACGCUUCUCAGGUACCAUCAGGCUUAAGUCCACCCCUUGCUCCAAGUUCUCUGUGUGUGUCCUGGGGGACCAGCAGCACUGUGAUGAAGCCAAGGCCGUGGAUAUCCCCGCCAUGGACAUUGAAGCACUCAAGAAGCUUAACAAGAACAAGAAGUUGGUCAAAAAGCUGGCCAAGAAGUAUGAUGUCUUUUUGGCCUCUGAGUCUCUGAUCAAGCAAAUCCCACGUAUUCUGGGCCCAGGCCUAAACAAGGUGGGUAAGUUCCCCUCCCUGUUGACACACAAUGAAAACAUGGUGGCCAAAGUGGAUAAGGUGAAAUCCACAAUCAAGUUCCAGAUGAAGAAGGUGUUGCGUCUGGCUGUUGCUGUCGGUCACGUGAACAUGACCAAUGGCGAGCUAGUCUACAACAUCCACCUGGCUGUCAACUUCUUGGUGUCCUUGCUCAAGAAAAACUGGCAGAACCUCCAGGCUCUGUACAUCAAGAGCCCCAGAGUCUGUAUUAGGAUGCUCCAAUAAACCUCGGUGCUGCCAAAAAGAAAGACAGAAAGAAAGAAAGAAAGAAAGAAAGAAAGAAAGAAAGAAAGAAAGAAAGAGAGAAAGAAAGAAAGAAAGAAAGAGAGAGAGAGAGAAAGAAAGAAAGAGAGAAAGAAAGAAAGAAAGAGAGAGAGAGGGAAAGAAAGAAAGAAAGAAAGAAAGAAAGGAAGAAAGAUCCUUUGCAAUAAAACAAAAAGAAGAGAAGCACACA